UCCUCUCGUUCCUCCAUUCAAAUACACAGAAACCAGACCCCCAGUCCUCAAUCCUCCAUCCCAUCUGAAACUGAAGAAAGGAACCCAAAUCUCAAAUCUCCCCGUUUCCACAAACCCACAAAAGGGAGAAGGAGGAAAAAAAAAAAAGGUACCAUGGCAGCAAUAACGGCGCGUGAGGAGAACGUAUACAUGGCAAAACUGGCCGAGCAAGCCGAGCGGUACGAGGAAAUGGUGGAAUUCAUGGAAAAGGUCUCCAAAUCCUUGGGAGAAAACGAGGAGUUAACGGUGGAGGAAAGGAACCUGCUCUCAGUUGCCUACAAGAACGUUAUUGGGGCCCGUAGGGCUUCAUGGAGGAUAAUUUCAUCAAUUGAGCAGAAGGAAGAAUCAAGAGGGAAUGAGGAUCAUGUGAACACUAUCAAGGAGUACAGAUCCAAGAUUGAGGCCGAGUUGUCAUCAAUCUGUGAUGGGAUCUUGAAGCUUCUUGAUUCUAAGCUGAUCCCAUCAGCAUCUGCUGGAGAUUCUAAGGUUUUCUAUUUGAAGAUGAAGGGGGAUUAUCAUAGGUAUCUUGCUGAGUUCAAGACUGGUGCUGAAAGGAAAGAGGCUGCUGAAAGCACCCUUACUGCCUAUAAGGCUGCUCAGGAUAUUGCAAACACAGAACUUGCCCCGACUCAUCCUAUCCGGCUUGGACUGGCUCUAAACUUCUCCGUCUUCUACUAUGAGAUUUUGAACUCUCCAGAUCGUGCUUGUAAUCUAGCAAAGCAGGCCUUUGAUGAAGCAAUUGCUGAGUUGGAUACCCUAGGGGAGGAGUCAUACAAGGACAGCACCCUGAUUAUGCAACUCUUGCGGGAUAACCUUACCCUGUGGACAUCUGACAUGCAGGAUGAUGGAGCUGAUGAGAUCAAGGAAGCUCCCAAGGCUGAUAAUGAACAACAGUGAGGAUGUUUGCUCUCUGAUUGGGGUUUCACUUCUCGUCUGGUGGUUUUUAUUCGGAGAAGUUACCUAUUCUGAUCGUCGUGCCUUUCUUUUUCCCCACCCCUUUUACCAGUCUGGCUUUAUUUUAGGUGUUCGCAAUUGUGUUAUUGAACCUCCUUUAAUGUAUCCAUUUCGUCUUCAGUUUAGCGUUCUCCGGAUCUUAUUGGCUUUUAGCUAUGUCAUGGAAAGGUGGAAAGGAAAAGGCUUUUUUAUAUGUUUUACAUCUCUUUGUACUUAAUUAAGUUGUGAAUGACCAAGAUUGAAUAA